UUCGCAGGCACACCUCCACGCCUCCAAACCAACGGUCCAUGACAAGUGUUGUUAUGGUUACUGAUGCUCGAUCGGGCCACUUAAAUGGAUCCCACUGACCAUAAAAAUUCUUAUCAUAAGUUCACCGAUAGUCUCCUGGUCAGUUUCUUGAUGAGAAUACUGUGACUUCAAGUUCCACGAAAAUUUAAUCUUUAUGCAAUUAGAAUUUAGGAAGCCCCUAACUUGAGAAAUUAAAAACCAUAUCAAAUGUGCGCUACAAAAAAUAUGUGAAACAUUUAUAGACUGAUUUUUUUAAAUAGUACUGAUUAAUAAUUUCCAUUUGUUAAAUUUGCUGACAGAAACCAACAAGAAAAGCUGUUUACGCAGAAAUUCGUGUAGUUUGUUCAGUUUAAGGUAUAUAUAAGUAUGAAAAUUGUUGAAAAAUUGUUCCUGAAGUAAAAGAUGCAUCAAAGACAUUCAUCAGUGAGAGAGGGAAAUUAUGAAAAAAAAUUCUCUUUCUUCUAUAACAUGCAGAACAAUGUGUCACUGUUUGUACUGCUACUUUCUUAUCUAUGGUGCUUCGAUUUUCUCACAUCGAAAGUCGAAGCUGGCAUUUUUCACAAUUUAACCAUGCUUCCAGCUAACUAUAAACAAUAUGCGACGGGAGAUACUUCUCAAAUUUCGCCAUAUCAACAUUUAUUGAAAAGAAUAAAACGUCAAGAAUUCGAUGCUGACGUGCCCGAAGAGCCACCAGAUCCUUGUGACUUUGGUACUGGAGCACCAAACUUAGACAUGUGCACAUGGCUGAUUCCUCCAAACGCACCUCCUAGAAGUCGAUGGAGACUUGGUAUGGGUGAACUUUCAGCUUGGAUAGGAGGUCCCAGAGCAGAUCAUACCACCUCAGACAGGCAAGGUGGUUAUGUAUUUUACGAAACUUCAUAUCAAGAAGACAGUCAUCAACCGGUUGUACCAACUUUACCAAAGCCUAGUCAUCAAAUGGUUGGUGGAGCGCGUCCGCUUCCACAAGGAGCAGGAGGAUCUUCAAUUGAUUUAUCAGAAGAUCAUGGAGUAAUAGAUAGUGCAUUGUUUAUCAGCCGAAAUCUCAGUCGAACUGGACCUAUGGGCUACUGCCUUAGUUUCUUUUACAUAAUGGAUGGUUUGAGUGCAGACAGGCUGAUAAUCCAUCUGAGAGAUAUGGAAACCUCCGAAAAUGCAUCUUUGUGGGAAGUUCGAGAAGGUCAAGAAGGCAGCUGGACUAAAGGCGAACUUGCCUAUACUUACGAUGGCUUUCAUCUUAUCAUAUUUGAAGCUGUGACUAAGUCAACGAAUGAUCCAGCAAGGCCUUUCAGGGGUCAUUUUGCUUUGGAUGAUAUGGUUUUUCAAAAAAUGGGUAGCCCAGAUCUUGACAACUGCUUCGGACAUUGUACCUUUGAAGGUGGGUUUUGCGGUUGGACAAAUGAUGUGGAAGACGAUUUCGAUUGGGAACUUGGACGGUCAAGUAAAAGUUUUCUAACGGGCCCAUCCCGAGAUUUCAGUAGUUAUAAUAGAGACGAACAAACAGGUGGAUACGCCUUCAUUGACGCAUCUUUUCCAAGACGUCCAGGAGACAAAGCCCGACUUUUAAGCCCUAAUUUUCUCGCAACAGGUGAUAACAAUCCCGUGUGCAUGAAAUUCGCCACUCACAUGUUUGGAAAUGGAGUCGGCACUCUGAGAGUCUUGAAACGAGUUCCUGGAGAUGAAGCACCGGACAGGGUCAUUUGGGAAGUUAGCGGAGAAUCCGGCAAUAAAUGGUACCGAGCUCAAGUUUCCGUUUCUUCGGCCACAUCGUAUCAACUUGUGUUUGAAGGCAUCGUUGGUACAAACUCCUUGGGAAAUAUUGCUAUAGAUAGUGUCUCAUUCAUACCUGGGACAUGUACAAUCACUCCUCAGACAGCUGCCAAAAAUUCGGGUGAUUGCACUUUUGAAGAAGACUCUUGUGGUUGGACCAAUGCAUUGCCAAUAGAUGCCUUGGAUGAUUUUGAUUGGGCUCGACAAUACAGCUACAGCACUUCAGGACCGUCAACUGAUCAUACGAAAGGUACAAAGGAAGGUUAUUAUAUGAAUCUUUUGAGCAAUCCUCAAGCUCCCCAGAGAGGUGGUACGAGAGCUUGGUUAAUUAGUCCUCUUUUCUCAGCGACUGGAAGAACCCGUUGUCUGUCUUUUUACUAUUUCAUGUAUGAAAGAUCUAUAGAUCCAGCCGGACCAAGUUUAGGCAGUUUACGAGUGCAUGUGAAGUCAGCUGCUGGAGAAGCUGGUGGAAAGAUUACAACUUUGUGGAGAUUGCAUAAUCACCAAGGACAGCGAUGGCAAACGGCUAGAACUCCUGUGGUGAUGGGUUCUGAAAGAGCAGCACCUAGUAGCCCUUAUCAGAUUAUUAUAGAAGGUAUAUGGGGAGAUGGUCGAGUUGGUGUCAUUGCUUUGGACGAUAUUAGCUUUUUUGAUGGAGAUUGCUCGUCACAUCCACUGAAAGCAACUGCAGUCAUUGGGGAAUGUUCAUUUGAUCGCAGCUUGUGCGACUGGAAGAAUAAUACAGAAACACCACCUCCACUUCAAGAACUUGGAUCUCACCGAACAGUAACGAAAUUCACAAAGCAUGACCAAACAAAUCAAGAAGGAUUAACAUGGCGUUUGGCUUCCAUUAUCAGUAGGCCAGCAAACCUUCAAGAUCAUACAUUUCGAGCACCAACUGGAUAUGUUUUCUUCGAUAUUUUCAAUCAAGCUACAGCUCAACAUCCUGUUUUGCGAAGUCCAGACUUCGCAGCCAGUCAGAACGAUGCUUCUUGUCUGAGCUUCUGGUUUGCACCUUUUGGAAGAGGGGAAGCAACUGCUUUGAGUGUGUUUCGUGUUGAAUUGCAGCCUCCUGAAGGGGAAGAAGAACAGAGGCUGCUUAUAUGGAAAUUAGCAACUAAAAAGUUUGACACGUCGCGUCCUGAUUGGACAUACGGACAAGUAUCUGUAGCAACACUUACAGCAUAUAGGAUCGAAUUUGAGGGAGAAGCAACUGAUGGAGGCUUUGCUCUGGAUGAUGUUACUUUCUACGAUGGAAACUGUCAGACACGACCUGAAAGAGCCACAGUUGAGCCACCUCCCUCUGAAAAAUUUUAAGACACCUAUAUGCAAUUAGAAAAGUAGUAAUGUAUAUCAACAUCUGCAGUAAGCUGAAAAAAAUCUGAAUGAUUCUCUCCUUCAUAAUUUGAAAAUUCUGCAAAUAUCUACGAAAGAAAAUCAUCUCAUGCGAAAUAGGCAACAUCUAAAUGAAAGAAGUAUACAAUCCAGCCAAAAGAGGAGAGGAGAACUCAGGAAUACUGCUGAGUUCUGAGAGGAAUGCUGCUUUUUGGAAGAUUUUGCUUGUUUAUUUUAACUUCCAUAGCAUUUGAAGAUUGUUGUUUGAGAAUCAUAUAAGCUAUUCAGUCUUCUUUGUAUACUCUCAUUUUUGCUUCGUACGUAAUUUAUAGAAUAGUGAUAUUUUAUAAAGGACUUUAUUCAUUGCUUUUUGUAUGACUGGGAAAAAUUAUUUCAUGGAAAUCCAGACAAUGUGAUUUAGGAUGCUUCAAAAAAUCCAAUUCAUGUAUUAGGAUGCUGCCUUUUAAAUCUUAUUUCCCAAUAACUGAUUUUAAAUCGAAAUCCUAAUCUCGAAUAUCGAAUAAUUUUCUUAAUCCCUAGUAGCACACAAAUAUUGUACACUAUUGCAUGUACAAUAUUAUACAAUAACAUGUACAAUUAUUGAUCAAUAUUCGCAAUAUUGUUUGAUAUUGUGGAAUAUUGUUUAAUAUCAUUUAAUAUCGCACAAUAUAGUUGCACAAUAUAUUGUGCAACAGGCUGUGCUACUUGGGAUAUUUUUUUACAGAAUAAAAUAAGUUAGCUAAGAAAAUUUGAAAACGUCUGUUACUUAAAGUAAAAGAAAUUAAUUUCAGUACUUUCC